AUGAGACUCAUCUUUGAAGCAUGUUCAGUGAUCUUCACACUAGGCAACCUGCUGGCUUCUCAGUCACAAUCUCCCGGUUGGGAAGAUACCAUCAGCACCACAAUAAUCAAUUUCAAUAAUGAGAAGAUGCAGAUCACAUGGGCAGCAAGAGAACUAUUUCCUGAUGAGAAUGUGUCAUUUUCUUAUACAUUUGAUGAAAGCAAGCAUAAGGUUUGGAAGCUAUGUCCCACCUAUUUAUUGGAUCAAGAUUAUAAUUCUGGAUGUCUUUUUAAGACAGAAGGACCCACCCUUGCCAUCUCUAUCAGGAACAGCAAUGGAAGUGAAGAGCUUUUUUCUAAAAGACUAAAAUCUGAAUUUUAUAUAAAGCCAAAUCAACCAGAAAAUGUGACCUUCUUCUGGAAAGAGGACACCGUUACUGUAAGCUGUAAUAAACCAGAGAGAGCUGUGAAGUGCUUGAGACUUGAGCUUCAAUACAAAAGCAAGUUUGACAAAGACUGGCAAUCCAGAAUUUCUAAGUGUUGCAGUGUUGGAGAGCAAGGGUUUGAUCCAAGAAAAUGCUAUUCUCUCCGGGUCAGACUGAAGAGGCUAGUACCCUACUGCAACGUAGUUAAUUACAGCAGUGACUGGGAAGCAGAAACGUUUUGGAUGAAUGGCACAUUAUUAGAUUCAUGUGAUGGUGAUAUAAAACCUCAGUCAAGCACAGUAAUUGUUUUAAGCUGUUUGCUGGCAGUACUUCUAAUGAUACUUACCCUCUUGAUUCUUCUGUGUAAAUGGCAGAGGCUUCAAAAAUCAGUCAUGCCUGCUAUACCAGAUCCAAAAUACAUAUUUGCUGAUCUCUUCAAUGAUCAUAAUGGAAACUUCCAGGAAUGGAUAGAUAAAACUGAUUGUGCAACAGUACAAACCAAGCUAGAAUAUGAAGAGCCAGAGUGUAUCGUUGAGGCAGAAAGCCAGCAAGAAGACGAGAAGAAUAGUGACAAACAGGGCCCUCAAGAAAAAAUCUUCAGUUUUUCAAGAGCAGCUGAAAAUAAUGACCCCAAAGCAGCUCAGAUUGCCUGCCUGAUGCCAACAUCCAACACUAUAGCUUCUUUUGCUGGCUUCCAGAUUUUAAUGAAUGAUGACAUGUAUGUGAUGUUAUAA